UCUCUCAAAAACCUUUCUCACCAACUCACAUCUAGAAGCAAUAAGGCCCAUAGCCUCUCUCUCUCUCUCUCUAGUCAAAGGCCUAUAAAUCUCCUUCCCUAGCUUCCAAAAGAGCCGGCCUUGAUGAUGCACCACCACCACCUCUCUCUACCACAUUUCUACAAACACCUUCUGGUAGCUUCUUUCUUCUUCUUCUUCUCAUCCUCCUCCAUCUACCACUAACAAGAGAGAACAGCAACUACUACUGAUAUUACUACUAGUAGUACUUGAUGGGUAGAUCUCCUUGUUGUGAGAAAGCUCACACAAAUAAAGGCGCAUGGACCAAAGAAGAAGAUGAUCGGCUUAUAGCCCAUAUCCGAGCACACGGUGAGGGUUGUUGGCGUUCCCUUCCUAAGGCUGCAGGCCUUCUCCGGUGUGGUAAAAGCUGUAGACUUCGCUGGAUCAAUUAUCUCCGACCAGACCUUAAACGUGGAAACUUCACAGAAGAAGAAGACGAAAUCAUCAUUAAACUCCAUAGUCUCCUUGGUAACAAGUGGUCUCUUAUAGCUGGGAGAUUACCAGGAAGAACAGAUAAUGAGAUAAAGAAUUAUUGGAAUACCCAUAUAAGAAGAAAGCUAUUAAGCCGAGGGAUUGACCCAGCAACUCAUCGGCCACUCCAUGAACCAGCUUCGAAUGUCACAACCAUCUCUUUUGCUGCUGUUGCUAAAGAGGAGAAUUUAGUUGAUGAUGGUCUUAUUGGGUUCAAAGAAGAGAAUCACCAAAGGGAAGAAAGAUGUCCAGACCUCAAUCUUGAACUUCGAAUUAGCCCUCCUUCUCAAGAACCUCUUGAGCCAUUCAAAAGUGAAGAAAGGAGAAGCUUUUGUUUCUCUUGUAGUUUGGGGUUGCAGGGUAAGGACUGCAGUUGUAGAAGUAAUAGUAGUAGUAGUGGUAGUAGCAGCAGCAGUGGUAGUGAUUUCCUAGGCUUGAAAAGUGGUAUUUUAGAUUAUAGAAGCUUGGGUAAGAAAUAAGAUUUUGAAUUUGGACUUGUUUAAUUAAUUUUCUUGAUAGAAUAGAAUGGAGAGAAGAAGAUUGAGAGAGGAAGUGAUUCUUGUUGUUGAUGUAAAUCUCUACAACUUUCUCUUAAAUCUAAUCUAUUUUGUACAAGUAUAUUACCAAAUAGUACAAUUAGAUACUGAUCAGUUAUAAAUUAACUACU